AUGGGAAUUCGUAGCAGGCUGCCUGAAAUCACGGUACCCGAGGUGGAUGUGGCGACAUAUUUACUGGAUAAUAUAGAUCUGUAUGCAGACUGCGUGGCCUUGGUUGACGCCAAGACCGAUACGAGAUUCACGUUUGCUGACGUCAAGGACAAUGUGCGCAGAAUCGGCAGCGCGCUCACGCGGUUGGGGUUCAAGAAGGGGGAAGUAGUGUGCAUGUACAGUUCGAACUCCCCCGAGUACGCUUUAAUCGUGAUGGGGGUUCUCUCAGUCGGAGGGGUCAUCACCACUAGCAACCCUACAUAUACCAAGGAUGAACUAAGUAAGCAACUCCAGAUUGUCAGACCACAGUAUUUAAUGGCUGCACCAGAAACCGCAGAGAAAGCCCUGCAAGCUGCCUCAGAAAAUGAAAUUAAGAAUGUUUACGUAUUCGGACACACCCCCGGAUGUACGUCAGUUGAUAACUUGCUUCGAGACGACGGCCAUGCCUUCCCCAGUGACGUAAAGAUCUCGCCGCAUGAGGUCGCUAUUAUACCCUUUUCCAGUGGCACGACAGGCCUACCCAAAGGCGUCAUGCUCACCCAUCGUAACAUAGUGGGGAAUCUGCUACAAAUGAAAUCCGCUACCUGCUAGUGGUUCCUCCAAUAGCCGUGAUGCUAACUAAACACCCAUUGGUUGACAAAUACGACCUCUCCUGUGUCGAAGUAAUUAUGUCAGGGGCUGCGCCAUUGGGCAAAGACAUUGAACAGAAACUGGAAU